AUGGCUUUCUCUUCCUUUGGAGGCAGAAGUCGUGGGAAAAGUGGAACGUGCAUUCAGUAUUCUGGCUUUUUCAGAACAGAAAAAAAAAAAAAAUGGCUCUACCGGCGGAGGCAGGAUGAGAUGAUCGACGUCAUCGGGGUGACCAAGGGCAAAGGCUACAAAGGGGUCACCAGUCGUUGGCACACCAAGAAGCUGCCCCGCAAGACCCACCGAGGCCUGCGCAAGGUGGCUUGCAUUGGGGCAUGGCAUCCUGCUCGUGUGGCCUUCUCUGUGGCACGUGCUGGGCAGAAAGGCUACCAUCACCGCACUGAGAUCAAUAAAAAGAUCUAUAAGAUUGGCCAGGGCUACCUUAUCAAGGACGGCAAGCUGAUCAAGAACAAUGCCUCCACUGACUAUGACCUGUCUGACAAGAGCAUCAACCCUCUGGGUGGCUUUGUCCAUUAUGGUGAAGUGACCAAUGACUUUGUCAUGCUGAAAGGCUGUGUGGUGGGAACCAAGAAGCGGGUGCUCACCCUCCGCAAGUCCUUGCUGGUGCAGACGAAGCGGCGGGCUCUGGAGAAGAUUGACCUUAAGUUCAUUGACACCACCUCCAAGUUUGGCCAUGGCCGCUUCCAGACCAUGGAAGAGAAGAAAACAUUCAUGGGACCACUCAAGAAAGACCAAAUUGCAAAGGAAGAAGGAGCUUAAUGCCAGGAGCAGAUUUUGCAGCUGGUGGGGGUCUCAAUAAAAGUUAUUUUCCACUGAAAAAAAAAAAAAAAAAAAAAAAAA